GGGCUUGGCCUUGUCCUUGCCGAUGCAAACGGCCUUCGUACAAUUGCUGUGGCGCUCAUAUAAUUGUUGUGACGCUUUCGUUUGGUAGCUAGUAUACUGCCAUUCACAUCUGCGAAGUGACACGCUUCCAAUCGACCUAGGGGAGGAGCAUAGACAGCCCAACGUCACUGACUGCUUUUGGUCAGCGCUCACGCCGCACAAUGCCCGCCGCAACAACAAUAACAGCCACCCUCCGCGACAACCGCCUCUUCGCCGCCUACCGACGAAGAGAACGCGUCGACGCCAACACAACAGACACGAGCACGCUCGCGCGGCUCCCGCUCGACGUCAUCUCCAACGCGCUGAGCUACCUGCCGUCGCGGCAGCUGACCAACGUUGUCAAAAAUGUAAACGCGCGCUACAAGGAGCUGGCCAUGCCCUUGUUAACUAAACGAUUGUUCUGGCUCGAGCGCGAACUCGCGCACGACAUGUGGGAGCUCGUGUCUGAGUACGAUUACGCGGGCCGGCGGCACUACUACCAAGAACUAUCACGGUUGUGCCGGACGUUGAAUUGUCGCACAUAUAUCGAGGACCCGAAGACGGUGCUGACGUCGUGACCACACGGCGCGCACGAGUGCACAUACGAAUGAAAAGAAGACAUAAGAAGAAGUGAGAUUCAUAAACAACAG